AUGAAAAAACCAGAAAAAACAAAUAGACUCGAAACGGACGUUACUCUUUGCUCGAAACUCAUUUGAGUCACUCAAAUAGUUUUAUUCAUGUUUAAUUAAACGAAUUCUAUUUGAAUAAUAUUCAUUGAAAAUAAGUGAUAAAUUAAAAUGAACGCUAUAGUCGCGCUGUGCCAUUUCUGCGAAGCCCAUGGGCCAAGACCACUAUUUUGUACAUUUACUACAGACGACGAGAAACAUACAACGGAAUCAUCUAAGUCUUGUGUCCAGUGCAGCGGUUGCUCUUCCCUGGGCCCGGAGACAGUGUUCGUGUCAAGAGAUGACGAUGGCACGGUAUAUUGCAGCAGAGAAUCCGUACCAAAUGCCGACGUCACUGCUUUUUUAAGACAGGCAGCUAUUAGAAGUAUAACUUGUGAAGUGAGUUGGAGCAAGGAAGGUGGUGUGGUUUACUUCAGUGAUACAUGGGGUCAUGUACUCAGCUUGAUGUUCCAACUGGCAGACACAAGAGCCCGAGGACUGAAGCGAUGGUUCUCCAUUAUAGUCCUUAUGAAAGACAAGAUGCUCCUGCUAAAUAUUACACCUUUGCUUUCUGAACAUAUGCAAAAAAUAGCAAAAGAACUACAGAGCCUUGGUGAAGUUGUCUUCAAUGAGGAACAGAAAGUGUGUUCACAAAGAGCCCUCAGGCUGAGGACUGGAAGGAAUGACUUUGGUCCCUCAAGAUCUUUACUCCAGUUAACAGGAAAUGAAGACAUCUUCAAAAAGCUUCACUCACAUUUCAUAUGGAUGUUAAAAGCUGGUAGUCUGAAUUACACAGAAACACUUUACACAAGCCAGAAUUUGCUCCAGAAACUGGAUCCACAGGCCAACAAAGGAAUAUUUGAAGAAAAUGCAUGCUCCAUGUCCAGUGAAGAGGAGUGCAUGUCUUUAAGAGCUUUAGAAAACCUAGUCAGCAAAAAUACAUUCAGGAUAUUAUUGUACUGCACAUUAACAGGCAUUGAUAUAAUAAUAAAAACAAGACAAACCGACUCCACAGCUAUAUUGAAAGGACUCUCUCGACUUCAACCAGUAUCAAGCUUUGAUAAGUGUUCCCAUAUGAGAGCAAUGAGUCACAAUGACCAAGUCAUGUCUUGUACUAGUGUUUGUGUGCUUGAAGAAACAGAGAACAGCAACUUCUGUUGCCAAUGGCCUGGUGUUUUACCACCAAAAUGUCCAACUGUAAUGAACAGGAUAGAAAGUGCAAUGUCUAAUCCUAAAUUCAAUGAUGCUGUCCUUCAUCAGCAUGUGAAGUCCUUGCUUCUGGAAUGGUUGGGAAUAGCAAAGGCAAUAAAAUCUGCAGUGACAUCAUCUGGACCUAAAUCAGAUGCUGUUGUGAAGUUGUCCCAAGUCCUAGGAGUUACACCUCAAGAUGACUUGCUUGUUAACUAUUGGAUAAGUGCUUUUUGUAAAUAGUAUAUUGUAAUUAGUUAUUUUGUAAAUAGUUUAUUUUAGAA